CCGUAGAGACUUGCCAGCCCGAGACAAAUAACAAAGGCAAAACCGUUUCGUACAAUUGUACAACAAUAAAUUGUUCGAUAAACAAAGAGCCUGCUUGUAAUUGCUACCGUCCACUGAAUAGGAAAGAGGUGGAGUCUGGCACUGGAUUGGAGAUUUCUAAAUGGUGAAAACAGCAACGCUCCUGCCCCUCCCACCGGUCUUUCGCGAGCACUAUCAAAAUGAGCAUGCGCACACGUGCCCUGGUCUUCUCCACCUUCUUCGGCAGCUGCCUGGCCAUCGGCCUCCUGCUGGUCAGCAUGACCAGUAACCACUGGGUGCGGGCCGAUCCGCGCCGCAAGAACUCCGCAGAGGCCAAGGGCGAGGUCAACUUCGGACUCUUUUACGGCAGCCAGCACCUGAACCCCGGUUUUGGCGUGCGCACCUAUCCGGUUGACGUUUACUCAUUUGUCCGCACGGAGAACGGCGACACCAGCUUCUGGCUCUGGCUCCUCACCACCUUGGGCACAGGAUUCGGUCUUUUGGCCUGCGCCGUGGCCGCCAUUGCCGCCGUCCUCAAGUCGGCCUCUGCGGCCAAGAGAGGCGGCACGAUGGUGCUGCUCCUGGCCGCCAACAUAUCCGCUGCGGGUGCACAGGUGGUGGCAUUUGUGGCCUGGCUGGUGCAGUUCUACAACUACUUCACCGUCAACGUACUGCUGGCCGAGCACCAGCAGCAACACUGGUACAGCACGGGACUGGCCUACCUCGGCUAUAGCUUCUACCUGGUCGUGAUCUCCACCAUCGUAGUGCUGGGCAACCUAGCCGUUCUGCUGUACGCCAAGCACCGGGACCUCUGCGACCGCCAACGCUUGGAGCCGCCAAGUGAGGACAAGAACAAGGCCGCCAUAAUGCUGUACUAGAAGCGGAGGAGUCGAAUGAAUCCCGAAUGAACCUCAACGCCUCUGCUCGGCAAGCGGACGAGCGGCGACACCAAGUAAUCUCAGUGGCUCAAAAUAAUUGUGCCUUACUUAAGGAUGCCUUUUGCUUGCCAACAAUAAGGCCCAUUUUUAUACUCAAAUUGACGGUACAUUCGCCAAGAUUAGUUUAGAAUUACCUUUGAACUCUCAGCUGUAUACAAAACUAUACCUAUCAAUAUUUAUGUACCAUUGCAUGUAGUCUCGAAUGACGUAUUUUUGUAUACCCUGUAUUUUCUGCCAAUAUUUAUAUACCUUUAACAUGUUUACUCGAAUGGCAUAUUUUCUGUACUCUGUAUUUACUGCUACUGGCAGCCAAGUAUUUUAAUGUGCAUAUUUACAAAUACAACAACAGUCAUUGUUAAAAAAUA